CGAAACUCUCAGUAGAGGAAGAAAUAAUCAAAACAACCGGAAAAGGGGAGUCGAGGUGGGAAUUGUCUUUUCUGUCUGCAUAAACAUCGCCAAAACAUUGAGCUUCACCUGGGCAGGGUUUUCUUAUCGACCACAGUAAGGUGGCCUGAAGGGACACACCUCCACCGGCAGCGCCAGCCGCGUCUUCCGGUGAGCCUCAGCAGACGGUGGCGAGCGCAGCUAUGCCUCAGGACUGGGAAGAGGCUCUUCCUCUGGUCCGCUCCUUGAACAGCCUGGUCCCCGUCACCGUCGUCUUCUGUAAUCGCACCACCCGCGUGGUCAGACCCAUAUGGAUCAAUUACAGCGGGGAGCCAGUGCCGUACCAAGACCUCCAGCCUGGAGUGGGCCGCCGCUUCACGACAUACGUCGGUCACCCGUGGCUGUUCCGAGACGCGCAGAGUGACGAGCCGCUCAUGGGGAACCAGAAAAAGGUCUAUGUUCCCCAGCUGGCCGAUUCCCAAAGGGCUACAUUCCUCAAUAUCACCAUUCCAGUUCACAGCCUGAAGGAGCGUGCGCUGCAGGUGGUGCGGCACCUUGUAAAGCCAGAGGACUAUCACAGGCUUGAGAUUGCACGCUGUCUCAUUGAAGAGCUGGAGGAUCAGCCCAGCCUGCAGAAGGAUCUACAGAGAAUUAACCGAGUUGUGGACAUUUUGCUGAGGGGAGUCGAGGGCCAGGAGGAGUGACUCCUGAGUUGAGCAUGGACGUUUGUCUCUUUGGCCACUAGAGGGGCACCUUAUGAGGAGCAAGUAUCAAGAAACAAAUCUGAACUUGUGAUAACUAAUGGCCAGAAAGGAAGCAACCUAUUGUUGUCCUUUUGUUGAUCUACCACUUUAUAUUGACCAGUCUUUGUUGUUCUCAACUGAGGCAGCUGGAGGCAUUUUCAUAUGAGAAAAAUGAAUGUUAUAUUUGUCCGCUAUUGUUUGUAAAACAUGUAAAUUCACCAUACAUUUGUCAAUCAAGGUUCCUGCUUCGUCCAGAUGGGGAUUAUUUCACAUAUCUGAAAUAUGUGAUGCUCAACUAACCUCCUCCAAACAGCAGUACUAAUACAUGUGUUAACACAAAGUCUUAACCAAAGUUCAAACCUUUGAUUGCAUUUUCACACAUUACAAUUUUGUACAGAUCAUAACAAUACACAAGAUAUAAAUACAAUAAACAAAACCUCAAUAGCCCAAUGGAUUUCUUUUGGAAUUGUGCCUGCAUUCGGGAAGAUGAGACUAUGUUCCAUUCAGAGCAGGAAGAGAGCAAAGAAGUCAGUGCUGGAACGUAGCAACAGCAACAUUUUUUGGUUUGUUUGGGAGAUGUAGAAUGAAAUGAUUUAUGUUCACAUGAAAUCCUUCCAAGUGUCUAAAUGUCCUGACCACGUUCUCACUGUGAUAUGGACAGCUCAUGAGGCGUCUAUCUGAAAGACUUUGGGACAUGUUCUAUAAUUAAAGAUCAGUU